GUGUGGAAAAAACGUACAACUUUGCUAUUUUCUGACCCUAAUAUUCCAUAAAUCACGCGAAAAUAAGUAGCACCUAAACCAUAAAGAUACGUGCUAUACAGUCAAGUACAUUUUUGUCGGUGGCAUCCUUGUGGAAUGAGGCCAAAACCCUUUUUUCACCAUGGAUAUUUUUGAGGAACUUGAUUUGACAGAUUCUUCCGGGGCACCACCAAAGCCCGUGAUUUCGCCCGACUUUGAUUUCAUGACAGAAUUCCUUGAUGACCCUGAAGAAGAUAAUGCAGAAAUAUCUAACCUGAAUUUGAGCUGUGAUGAUGAGCCAGAAUGGUGUGAUGGGUGCAAGAAGCUCAAACAGGACAUCACUGGUCUACAGCAGGAGUACAAGCAAAACAUCCUCACACUAAAGCAAAAGAUUGUACCAACAGAUUUGCUCAUCAAGAGAUACAAUUCCAAGUGUCAAGAUAUCCUUAAAAAGGUUUCAAGUCUUUAUCAGAAAGUGCUUUUAAGAAGCUACCAGUAUGGCUACAAGUUUCAAGGAAAUAAAUAUUGCCUCUUGUGUUCACCCAUCUUAUGUACCAUGAAUUUUCAAUUGUUUCUCCUUGACCACUUUGUACAAUUCGAUACUCAGAACAAAAAGUUAGAAGAUCUGACAAAAAAGUUUGAGAAGUCCGAAAGGGCCUGUACAACAUUAGAAGCCCAGUUGCAGUCCGCCAUGAGUGAAUGCCAACCGGUGAAGGAUGCCAACCGGCAGCUGGAGAGAGACAAACAGGACCUCAUCCGAAGGUGUGGGAUGCUUGGAGAUCAGGUUGAAGCUUUGAAGAGUACGUGCCAGCAGUUCGAAUCGAUGAAUCGCAGCUCAGAAAACUUCAACAACGAGGCCAAGAAUUUUGAGAAGAAAGUGAAACAAGCUGAAGAUGCGAAAGCAAGGGCCGAGCAGCAAGCAGCAAAGUUCCGAGAAGACUUCAACAACCAGAAGAAUGAACUAAUCAGACAGAAGCGACUACGACGUGCUCGUGAGGACCGGCUGACUAAAGUUGAGAAGACCCUUGAUGAAUACUCCAAGCUGCUGAAGAGUCAUGGUCUCCUUCCCGGCGCUCCAACUUCCAAAUUUUACACGGCCAGAAGGACGUCUGCAGGUAUCGAAACUGUUGAACGGGUUGAAGCAAUUGUUGAAGAUUUCUCAGAGGAUGACGUCAAUGACGACAUGGAAGGAGUUGCGGUUGAAGCAGACGUCAGGGACGUUGUGGAAACGAAGGAAGAAGACGAUGACGGUGACUGUGCCCUUCUCGAUAAGCUCCUCCAAGACAUGAGUGAAGCUGUACGGCCGGAUACCGGGGUUACAGCGUCAACGUCCUCAAUACCGUAUGAUGGAGACUCGGACAGUGAUCUCUCUGUUGGUUUUACCAAUCUCCUCAAUAUGCAACCGGCUCUCUCACCCCUGCCACCGUCACCAGUUAUUGAGCUCGUUUCUGACUCUGAAGUAGAGGAAGUAAAAGUGCCGAGCUUAGCCAGAAAAAGACAACUUCGUGGACGAACGAAACAGCCUUCUCCAUUGGCCAGGAGACAUUCGAACCAACUUGAAAAAGAAAUAGUAAAAAAGUCGCCAAAAAUUCGAACAAAAUCGGAAAAAUCUCAAUCAACUUUGGUGGAAAGAGAAUCAGUUGGAAUGAAAAUAAACUCUGGGAAGAAGGGAGAUAAAAUUUACAAUGCUGUGAAGUUUGUCAGUGGUGGAAUUCAGACUUUAGAAGGUGGCAAAGCAAUAAUUUCCAGUCGAUUAUCUGAUGAUGAGGACAAAGCGACUCAGCGGAUUUCACCCUCUGGUGAAAACAUCCUCAGAAAUGAUUUGUCAUUAUCCGGCUCUUCAAGUGAUGAAGAGACUCAUAAUUACGACUGCGGGGACGAUAGUUUCUUUGCAUCAGCUCCGCCUGGUGGGCUGGAUGAGAAGGAAAAUGCUCAAAAUACGGAGAAUGGAAGCCAGUUUGACUUUCACGAGUUGUAUAAACAGCUGCCGCGGCAAUCGACAAGGAGUUUUGAGGUGAAUCAGAACUUGGACGAGACCCAGUUGUCGCCGAGGAGAGCUAGGAUAAGGUCAUUGCCUGGAGGUCAGAUUUCAAGGUCACCUGCGGAGGUGCGUAGAAAUGUUAAAGGUGAAGGUUCCAAGUCGCCGCUGAGGAGACGAAGCAUCGGGUCGCCGAUCAGGCGGUCACCAAGGUUACGCUCGGAGUCGUCAGAUGACGGAGGAAUUAAGGAAAGGUUACGGUCAAGGUCACCACUUCGUAGGAACGAUGCAUUUGAUGAAAGGUCAAGGUCACCCAGGGGGCACUUAUGUCGCGAUGAUAAUUUCGACACUGAGGCAAAGGGGUGUAAAACACUGGAUUCUGUGAAACCUGUAGCUCCCAAAGAUGCGAUCAUUUCUCGGAAAACACGAAAACGAACUGUUAGUUUGAACGAGCCUACUGUUACCCGUGACAAAUCUCCUGCGUCUGGAGAUAAGAAAGUUUUCACUAGAUCUCGUAGUCAUUUAUCCGUUGUGUUCAAAGACAAUAUGAUUGAGUGCCUAGGUGAUGGGAAAUUGACCCGGUCUUCGAGUUCCCCCGAUGUUAGCCCGAUUAAAACUGCUCCUAAUCAGGAUGGUUCUGCUAAUAUUGAGAGUACGAUCCAACAAUUCGUUCCAAGUGUUCAAAUUGACAUGCUCAAUACCAAAGGUGCUAAUUCAAAUUCUGGUGCUAAAGCAAAAACCUCUGAAGAUGAUGCCGAACUUUCUGAAAGCAAUAUUGAAAAUUCAGAUGAAGCCAAUGUGAGCAUUGGUCGGAGAUCGCUUCGUUCUCAUUCCACAUCAAGUGAUGUUGUGGAACUGCCGAAAGCUUGUUCGAAAUCGUUUCAACAGAGAAAUAACUUGGUCGCGAAAAGGCUUCGUAGUUUAGGACGGAAGGUACAAAAGGGGGGUAAAGGCGGGAGUAAGGUUUGCGACGGGGUUUCGCGGGACCAGGGCGUGCUGACUGCUAAAAGGACUUUAAGGGGACGCAGUUUGACUCUGAAGGGAGAUGAAGUAGUGUCUGAUCAGAAACUGGAGGAGAAGGCAGGGGAAUCGAGUGACAAUGACAAGGGAAAAGCAGGCAAUGUAAACACACAAGCAGACGAUGAAAACCAAUGUGCAGACGUUGUGAAUAUGCCAGCAGACGACGUAAACAAGCAAUCAGAUAUUGUGAAUGAACAAAGUAACGAUGUGAAUAGACAAGCAGAUGUGGUGAAUCAACGGGCAGAUGAUGUAAACAGACAGGCAGACAGUGGAAAUGAACAACCAGACAAUGGAAAUAAACAUGGAAAAGAUACUAGUGAAGAAGAAGAUCAUGUAAAUAAACAAGCAGACGUUAAAACCAAACAGAUGGAAAAGUACAAUGAGUUUGCUAAAUGUGCAAAAGAGGAGAAAAAUGAUGAGACAGUCAUUGAGAAGAAGAAAGACGACGUAGCAGACGACAGUGAAAAGCUUUCUGGGAAAAACGCUGAUCUGAAAAGUGGGCUACGCACCCGUCGGGAACGGAAAAGUAGCGAGGGGUCCUGGGAGGGUCGAAGGAAGAAGAGGGGCAGUGGUGGCUUCACGGUCAGCGAGGUGAAAUUCCUCGAUGUUGCAGAAGAUGGCGAGGAUGGGCCGACUUCUCCUGGGUUUAGGGGCAAAAGAGCGCGGCUUGGAAAGAGUUAUAGCGAGGAUUGGGGAAGGGCGGAGAGAGGUGCUCUCAGCUUGAAGACUCUGGAUACACCGACAAGAGAAAGAAAUGUCACCAUUAGGUCAAGUCCAAAGUCUCCUAAAGGGGGCAGUCCUCUGUCUCUGGAUUUGAAUACAUUUGAGGAGAAUGCUUGCGGCAUGUCAUCCAAAAGAAAUGCAAGAUCAGUCAACCCGAGGUUGCUUUGUGAUACAUCCGACCCCAAUGAAUUGGACACAGACAAUCGAACUGAUAAUGAAGCCGGUAAUUCCUCCUUACUCUCAUUUCCUGGAGUUGCAUCUCAUUUUGAAACUGAAAAGACUCCUGAUUUUAACAUGGACAUUAAUGAAAUUUUUAAAGAAAUUCACUCGGGGACAGAUCUGAUGAAUGAUGUUGAUAAUGAUUCCAAUGAUCAAGGAGAAAAUCAGAAUGCAACAAGUGGACAUUUUACUUUGACGGUUGAUUCUGAAAUCGAAGAAGCAUUCCGAGGCAAGGGUUCUGAGUCCACUGAGCUUGCCGUGGACCCAACCUGCCGUCGUGGCUCGAAGCGUCUAAAACCCUCCGCUAAGAAGUCUAAAAAGACAUCUAGUCAUGAUUCAGAUGUUUCAAAGCCGAGCAAUAAAUCGAAAGACUCCGGAGACAUCAAUGAUAACAUUGCACCGCAGAACUUCACGUCGCCAAUUUACGUUCCGUCAAACAGUGGUUCUGUGAAUGAAUCAGAGUUGCCGCCGUUUAUCCGCAUGAGUCAAAGCUGUGUUACUGUCGUUUCGCCCGAGACGAGCGGGAUCCCAGGAGGAUCUGGUGGUGGGUCGGUGGGACGCUCCGAGACGCCUCUCAGUAUCUCCUCAAUCGAAUCCACGGCUUCCUCUCCAGUGUCGCCACUCCCCAUGUCACCGAUAACAAUCCCCGAACUGAUAACCCCGAUAUCCCCCUUGCCUCCAACUCCAGAACCGCUUAGGCAGCGUUCGCCAGCUUCAGACUCCUCGUCGCCAGGUCUAAAUGUGAGCCUUGCAAACUUUGAACAGACGCCGACCCCAAGUAUCGUUUCACCGUUACCAGAGACGCCUUACAAACCAGAUUCGCCGGUUCCAUCGACGUCGUAUUUUGAAUCUCCGGCUAGAUUUGAUGCAUCUGUACCCAAAGAUGUCUUGACUGUUAAGCCGCAAUCCAGACGGAAUCUUAAAACCGCAUUCCGCGAUUCUGGUGAUUUAUCUGAUGGCGAAACACAGGAUAGGAACUUGCCAAAAAAUGGUAACUUGCCAAAAAAUAGUGACAUACUGAAAAAUUCUGGCUUGCCGAAAAAUAAGAAAGCGCAGAAAAAUAGCAGGGCAGGUGCUAAUUUGGUCAGCGCAGAUAUCUCUCAGGAUGAUUUGCCACCUGGGCAGCAGGGGGAGAUCGAGGAUGCGUCUGCAAAUCUCACUACAGGCGAAUCUGUAAAACUUUUGAAUAAGAGGGAGAAGCGGGCGAAACGACGAGCUGAGAGAGCUGCUUGCAUUGAGGAGUCGGGACUGGGACCAGCAGCUGAAACUUCAUCUAAGCCUACUGAUGCUGGAACGACGAAGCCGGCUUCGAAAACGAAGACAAGUAGGACUGCUAAUUCAGUCCAAGCGAUUCUGCUGGAUAAGUUGAUGACCGCCAGGACUCCGAAAGCUGUUGAAACGGUCGGCGCAGAGAUCGUCAAGGCCAAUCCUGCAGUGGACUGCCUCAGCCUAGCGGAGCAACUAGUUAGAUUUAUGGAGAAGAGGGAGUCCAAUCUGAUGAACGUCCUUCUGUUGGGCGCUGGGAAGGAGAGGGAACGUCAUUGCCAACCCUUGCUCUCGGACAUUGAGAAGAGAUUCAUACGUUUGGUGCUCUAUUUGAAGGAUAAUCUGGAUUCAUUUUGGUCACCACUCCUGCGAGCUCUCUCCUCCACCAUUCUCAGUGACAAGCCUCUGAAAAUACUCGCUCGGCUAGGGCUUUGUCGAAUCUUCACUGGCCUUUGCCGCUUAUCAGCCAACGCGGACCAACUCCGCGUUUUGAUAUACGAUAUUCUUAUGAAAAGGGAUCUCAGCCACUCAAUGUUGUUGUCGGCGAUGAGUGGAGUUUGGAGGACGGUGCUUGUAAAGGAGCGUGAUUGGUCAAACGCUGCAAUUGGUCCGGUCACCAUGAUCGAUGUGAUAGAGUAUGUUGUCUUGAAGGAUUGUGAUCUGAGCAAGCCAUGCCAAAUCUUGAUUAAAAUCUGUGGCUGGAGAAUGGAAAGGGUCCAGCAGACGGAUGCCAGAAGUUUAGCUCUUAAAAUCAUCAGCCAACUACGGUCAUACUCGAGGAAGAAAACCGACAGAAAAGAGGCUGUUUUUGAGCUCCACAAAGCCUUGGAACUCCUCGCGAUAAGGCAGGGUUGGCCUUGGACGUACGACGUUUUCAUAAAAGAGAUCGUCUUCCCGGCGAUGGAGGAGUUGAGUGACAAGUUAGAGAAGGCUUCAAACAAUGAACAAUCAACAUUCAAUGACUUUCUUGUGAAUUUGCUGCAUUCUCUAGGCGAGAUAUACUCCUGUUGUCCCCCGGCGUACACAAAUCGUGUGGUUGAAAUCAUGAAUAAGCUCGCUGAGCUGCUUCAAGUUGACAGAUCACCCGCAGUGCCAUGGCAUAUCCAGACCAACGCCCUUGAGACACUUCUGAUUUUAUCGCCAUUCAGUUUGGAUAUGGUUGCCACGGUGACAACAAAAUGGACGACAUAUUGCAGUAAAAACUCUUUAGAUAUUCCCACAGAAGUCGAACAAAAAAUUGAGACAUUCCGAAGCAGAUUCAAGGAACGGUUACCAUAUCUGACCGCCAAGUAGAACCUCAGUCAAAUUAGGACUUCCCCGAAGAUUUUUUUUUUUAAAGUGAUUUAAAGACGGAGAAGAACUUCGAAAUGACCACAUUAAAACAAGUUCAGAAUUGGACUGGGCACUUAACAAGUAAAAAUCAGGUCAUUAUAGAAGGCUCAAUUAUGAUUUGGGUGUGCUACUCUGAUGUAAUAGUGUAUAUGGAGUUUAUCUCUUGAUGAAGUGCUUGGAGUUUACUACAGUGAUGUGUGGAGCUUGGAUGUAUCACUUUUGCGUAAUUAUGCAUGAAUUUCUGCACAAAUCAUUAUAAUGCUAUCAUGUCAAAAUGACGUAGUCCACCAUUCUCAUUCAAAUUGGACAUCUUGCUCAGCGAUUGCACUUAAAGUUUGCUUUUUUCAAACUUGAUAAUCAACAUCAUGCAAGUACUGUAAGUCUUGAAAAUGUUUCAAGUGUUAUAUUUUUGUGAAUGGCCUGUCAUACGCAAAGUUCAAAUGCAUUUGAAUUUCAAAUCUUAUGCAGUAAGUAAAUUUUAAAAGCACAAAAGUAUAAAUGUAGAAAGGCCUAUUACAUAAUUACUAAUAACAUUCAGGUACGUAUUUAAGAGGAUCUUAUUCAUAAUGCAUACUGUUAAAAUAAUAUUGUGAGCAUGACAUGCAAUUAUCAUGUAAUUAAUGACAAAAUAUUUAACAAGAACGAAUAUGUUUAGAGCAUUUAUACCCUGUGCAGUAUAUGUUUAUUCAGGGAGUUUAAAGAGAAGUUGAUACAUUACUACAUGCCAAGUCUUGAGAAAACGUCUAUAAUCAUGACAGUGAGUACACGCAAGAUUUCUUCAUACCCUGCUCAUCCAUCAUUAUCUUUUUAAGUGUUGUAGUGAUGCAGGUGCUAUUUUAAACAUGUUCAAUGCUCAAGUUUUCUAUUCAAGAGUAGAAUUUAGUCAUUUUAUGGCGGGAAAACUCCCAUCGAUAAAGGCUUAGAAAUUAGUAGUUGUAUAACACUGUUUGUUGGCUAGAGUAUGUAAACAUGGAUGAGAAUCCUCAAGAUUUCUGAUUUUUUUUUUUAUCCGGAUUAAUAAACCAAUAAGAUUUCAAAUUAUUUUGACUGAAAAUGACCCCCAAUUCAUUUUUUUGGACUUCAGGCCUAAAAAUUUAUUUCAGAAAAUCAAAAUCUGAUAAAAAGCUGUAGUCCUUCCUUGAAAAGUGUGUCAGCAAUAUUUUUUUCGUUUUUUUAGAGAGGCCACUCGUGUGUAUCUAUUUUGAACAAGAAAUUUCUGGAUUUUUUUAUCCUGGUCAUUCUUCUCUCUGAGAUUUGAGGGUAUGCUCGAAGCAUGAUGAUAAUUAGUUGAAGUAUCAAGUAGUUUAUAGAUGUAGUUUAGCGAUACAUGUAGUUGACUAGUAAUUGUGUCUCAAAGGAGAUAGUUUUGAAGUUGUGGUUGUGACUUGGCAGUAAAAAUGUAAGAUUUUUCUUCAAUAGCAUCCCGCGAAGAUGACGUCACUGCAGCUGCUGCCCUCUAUUUCCCCAUCGCUGAAUUACAGGCAAUGUCGGACAAACAUGCGGUUUCGUAAUGGAUUCAGACUUUCCAACUAGGGCAGUUAGAUUCAAUCUGGCACAUGUCUGAGUGUUGGAAAUACUACAUAAUUGUUCUGAAUAUUUCUCUCUCUGACUCUAUGGUAUCAUUCAUGCUAAAAACAAUGCAGGGUCAAAGAUAAUUGACUUUGAAAUAAGCUCAAAUGCGUAGAAAUAAGUGUCGAUGUCCGACUGUCACGUGACUAAAACGUCAUCAAUAUCUUAUGCAAAUGACCUUGUGAGCUAUAAAUAGUAACUUCGCAGAAUGCUAUUACUCCGAUACACAGCUUAUAAAAAUGUAGUGUACUUUUUGUUCCUUCAAUGAAAGGCCUAAGGGAUUGUCAUUGGGACCCCUGCUGUAAUGAAAAAUAUCCAUUUCUCUUCUUUGACAAUUGUCACAACCAAUAGGUCAGGAUCACUCUAUGAUGUGUCAGUCCCAGGAAGUCAUUAAAACGAACUGGAACCGCCGAGCGAUUUAUUCAACUUUUCGACUUUCACCGCCCGAGAAAGUCAAACUUCCAACUUCCUAUUCGAGUUCAGAUUUGUAGCUCCGCCCCCAGUGCCCGAGCAUGUGCAGUUCAAUUUGUUAUUAUUGAGAAUCAUGUGAGAAUCACGUGAGUCAUGCGAUCUUUCAUUCAUGAAUUUUCGUAGUAAAUUCCAUAGUAGUGAAACGGUCACCAAAAUUACCUUCUCAUUUUCGUAACCUUUUAUGUAAACCUAGUUCCAGGCACAACGGUUUAUUUCGUUUAUUUUCGGACAAAUUGUCAACAACUCUUUCUAUCAAUUUCCUGGAUGCGUCGCCAUUUUAUCGGUCAUGUGACCUGGACGGCGGCCAUCACUGUUUACAAUUUUCUCGUAUUUUUAUUGGUUCUUCCUAUCACGUGAGUGGCUGAGGAAUGCCGAAUGAUUCCUUUCCUACAGCACCGCUAAAGUUAAAAUUUCAUUGUUACCUCUCUAACAAAAACUUCUGUUAUCUUGCAAAUUUGGAAUUUAUCUCGAUUAAUCGUAAGCUUAUUUAAUCACUCCUUAGCAUGUGCCUCGAACUACGGUGUUUUAAGUUAUAUUCAGUGCGAUCUCUGCCAGGAAACGAAGGCUUUUGUAUCGGGUUGCUUGGUGAUCUUUUCAUAUUUUAAUUGGGGGUGUCUUUGUGUGCGCAGUGCAUUGUGGAUCGGAAUGUCAGUUGAAUUAUCAUGUGGUCACGUGGACUUCGGGUAUUUAAUGGGAUAGCGUGGGUUUCCGAGCAGACCGGCUCAGAUGCGAUUAGACGCAGACGAUUUUCUCCUCUUGCUAAGAGUCGAGCAUUGGUACGUUUUUUUAUCUCCUCCUUUCUUCAGGAGUUGAGGGUACCCUUUUUAUUCCUCUGUCUGUGGAGAGGCCAGUGACUUGCUCAAGUCUCUGACUUAUAUAAAUUCUUUUUUUUUUUGCAUACCCCUCGUGCUGCUGGUGGAUCACUGGGGCCUUGCGGUCACUGCAGACCAUUUCGAAAUCGCUAGACCUCCCGAUAUGCGUGUUGAGCUCGCGUAAUUUUCUUUGGACCAGUUUUUUUGCUUCUGGCGAGCUCACCAGGUUGGACUGGUAAACGGGCCCAGAAUCUCUUGUAUCGGGUAACUUCAAUUGCGGGAAUCUUUCUGUUUUGCUGGGGCAAAACUUGUAUACACCUGGAAUUGAGGUGUCGGUUGAUUCUUCUUGGAAUAGUUUUAUUCCAAGAGGUUUUUUUUUUAAUACUUUUCCAUGCCGGUCUCCUGAGGAUUAACCCCUUGCCAUUCUGCCUUGAUUUGCAACAGUUGCUAACUGUUGCCCUGACGACGUAUCUCUGAAGUUAUUGUAUGCCACGGAUGAGUGGUCUGUCUCCCUGAUGUUUUAUGAGGGACCAUUUAUGUGCGAUUGUGUUGAAUAUUGUGAUGUACCUGUAUAUAUUAAUGUUGUAACCGGGUGUGGGUGGGGUGAGUAUUGAGAAUAGAUGCCGUAUAUUUUAACUGUUGGCCUGGACUUUAUUUAAUUGGAUUACCCGCCUGAUGUCAGUGUAUAUCAGGGGGCGUCAUUUUUGGCCGAGAUAAUUUAUGACAAGGAGGAUUAGUAAGUUUGGCCAGAGGCUCUGACCUGGAGGUCACCACUGGCACUUUUAGCCCCGAGGUUGUGACAGUAGUGACGUCACUGAAUGAUUGACAGCUAGGCGCCAUGUUUCAUUCAUGCCUCGUUCUGAUCACCCAAUACGCGGGAAAUGAAAACGAGGUCAUACGAACUGGCUUGGCGGUUCCAGUUCGCUUUUCCAGUUGAGCAUUUCCGAAGCAGUUGGUUGUUGAUUUCAUUGAGUUGUAUGGCUUGCAGACACAGAGGGGAGUGUGUUUACCCAGUCAAAAUGGGGGUAUUUGGUGUGAUAAAAGAAACUUUCCAGUUGUACAUUGUAAUUUCUUUUGUGAAAAGUGUUUAUAUUUCUAGUAAAAUCCUGUCACGCCAACAACUGGUUUGUGAAAUA